AAGUUUCCUAAGUUUUCCCUCGCAUUUCUCGCACAGCUUUUAAAUGGACACAUAAUUUUUCCAUUUAUAUGAUUUUCGGGUUUUAAUUUUCUGCUAUAUAAUUUGGAAUUUAUUUCUCUCAAAAACCACUUCCUUGGACUCUGUCUUUAUCGCUUCCUCUCUCUCUCUCUAGCUUUCUCUCUCUAACUCUAUCUCCGUGCAAAAUGCAAAUAGCAGCAGAAGUAGUACUGGGGUUGCCAGCAAUGGAGGGAGAGGGAGGCGGGUUCAUCGACCUGUACAAGAAGGACCCUGUUGAGAACGCCGAGAACGGUGGCGAGGGAGAGGGGAAUGCGGCGGGGAAGGCCAGCUUCGCCUUCAAAUUCGACCCCAGCAUUCUGAUUGACCCCAGCUGCAUCAAGAUUGGUUCUGUGCUCGGAGAAGGGCCUGGAGCUAUUGUUUAUGAAGGAUUGUACCAAUCCAAGCCAGUUGCUGUAAAAAUUAUACGGCCACCCAAAACAACAGAAGUUAGUCUUGAUUGCCAAGAAAAGUUCCUGAGGGAAGUUUCAUUGCUUGCAAAAGUCAAACAUGAAAAUAUUGUCAAGUUCGUAGGUGCAUGCUUUGAACCUUCGAUGAUAAUUCUUACUGAGCUUCUGAGAGGAGGCAACCUUCAGAAGCACCUGUGGGGAAUGCGCCCCGGAACACUUGAUCUCAAAUGUUCAAUAAGUUUUGCAAUAGAUGUAUGUCGAGCUAUGGAAUACUUGCAUGCAAAUGGAAUCAUCCACCGUGACCUGAAACCAGCCAACCUACUCCUUACAGAAGACCUGAACAAGAUUAAGGUGGCUGACUUUGGCCACGCAAGGGAGGUAAUAUCCGGGGACAUGACAUCUGAGGCUGGGACCUACAGAUGGAUGGCUCCCGAGCUAUUCAGCAAGGAGCCAGUUCCAAAAGGAACGAAGAAGGAAUAUGAUCACAAGGCAGAUGUGUACAGCUUUUCGAUAGUUCUGUGGGAACUGAUUAUAAACCGAAUUCCUUUCUCUGGACGGACUAAUAUAUUGGUUGCAUAUGCAUCGGCGAAUCAAAUACGGCCAGAGCUGGACGACAUUCCUCAGGACCUCGUGCCGCUAUUGGAGUCCUGUUGGGCAGAUGACCCAAGGAUCCGACCUGAGUUCAUGGAGAUCACGAGCCAUCUUUCCAACUAUCACAAGCAACUGUGUGCAGCUGAGACGGAACCUCCAGCAGUCAAUGUGCCGGAAGCUGAACAUCAAGAGAGCAACGUGAAGGAACAAGAGCCUCCCGAAGUCCAUAUGAUUGACAAGUCCGAAAAGAAAAAGCAAGCUAAAAGGAGAAAGAAGUGCAGAUCAAGUUUCUUCUUGUUUUGCUGUCGACCUGUAGCGGUGCGUGAGUGAUCGGUUGUCAGCUCAAGUUUUGUAGGAUACAGAGUAGAACCACAGAUAUAGAGAUUAGGGUAGACACAGCCAGGGCUCCUGAGCUGAACUGUUGUUCUGUAACUUGUGUUACAAGCAACUGUACAGAUACAUCGUGUUAGGAACCAUCGAAUAAAAAUAGAUAGAGACUAGAGGCUAGAGAGGAACUGCAUACACAACUUCAAAGAAACAAAAAAAAACAAAGUUUGUACUCGUUUUCGCAGUUGAAUAUUUCUUCUGAAAUCAAAGCUAUGUUUUGAACUUUGAUCACUAGCACACUUUCAGUUCUGUGCUCAAACUGUUGGAUUUUUUUUAUAUCGUACGAAGCUCCGAUGCU